GUAAGAAAUUCUACGUGACAGAUCUCUUAAACCAUUGCCUGGAAACGGAAUGAGGAAAGAUUCUUCACAAAGGAAGCAUUAAACCAUACACGAUACUUUUGUUUGAAAACAAAAAGGUAAGAUUCACUUCAAUUAAUAUAUUGAUCGAAGUAGGUUUGGUAAUUUUGAGUUGGGUUGAAUGCAUGACUGAUUUAGCGUAUGAAGUGCUUGUGGAGUAAUCAUCUCACUCAAAUAAUUUUUUGAUUUGAGCUUCCUGAUAGAUCACAUCUUUUCUCUUUUAUUAGUUUUGGUGAUCUUUUUUGCACGCAAUUCUACAGUUUCCAUUAGCUGUUGAAGCAAGUGAUAUUAGGAAAAAAUGACCGAGCAGAGUUCUAUUGUAACUGUUGAAGAUAAACAAGAAACAUUAAUCGGGAAGGUUUGCAACCCAUGGAUGUGGCGAGUUGCGAAUGGUUUCAUGGCCUUGUUUUUCGCCUUCGCCUCUUAUGUUCAGGUCAGUCCACCAUAUUUCGAGCUUAUUAUGUUCUCAGCACCAGAAAAGGUGAAUCUGUGGCGAUAUCAUAAUUUAUUUAUCGUUAUGAUACGAUAAAUUAAGCCUCACUGAUAAAGAGUUCUUUUAAAAUAAGCUACAUUCAUGAGCAACAAUACGUGUUCCUUUGUUCACUCGACACGUAGACUGAGGUAAAGAAAUAUUACGUAAUUGUGAAAAUAUUGUUUUUUAUUAUUAUUAAUUAAGAACUUUAUAAUUUUCAGUGAUGGUUUUGAGCCUUUCAGGCAGUCGCGUGACGUCUAGCGCUUUUAGAGCACAUUUCGGUUAGGAACUAGUUCUUUUCAUGAAUAAUAAAUACAGUUUGUUCACAAAGAGUUAGCUCUACAGGUAGUGUCUGCAAAGGAUUUUUCUGAUAUCAAAACUCGGCCAGAUUAAGAGGUUUAGAGCCGAGAAAAGAAUCAUGAAAGUGUAAGACACAAGGGAAUCCCCAUCCUGCAGAUUGAAUAUUGUUUUAUUCAUCUCGUAAGUUUAGGAGAACUUUUCUUUUUUCCAGUAACUCUAAAGACUGGGAGGAUUUCAUAGAAAUUAGAGCAAUUUUUAGCAAUUGAUUCCCUCAAAAAAUUUGAGCAGCCCUCAACGACCUAUGAGAAAAGUUAAAUAGGGGUAAAUUAUUCAUAUUCUAAUGCUAAAAGUUGACAAGAAAUUAUUCACAAAAUGUUUGUUGUCAUAUGCUCAAAUGUAACACUUUGUGACUUAAGGUGACUGAAUUGUUGGAUAGCAGAAAGAAUUUUUGGUGAAUGCAUGCAUGAUUUUGAGUUAUGAUCUUAGAAUUUUUUAAUCUUUAUUUGUCCACAACAGAUCAAUGACCCUGAUCCUGUAAUAUGGAUGGUAGGCCAGGCUUCUUUUCAGUGAUAAUAGAUGUUUGGUUUUUAAGAUGGUAAUUAUUUGAUGUGGGUAAUUUUCUGAGACAAAACAAAAUAUUAAGGCCUCAAGGGAAAAGAAAGGUCUGCUGCAAUGACUAGGAUGACUUAUAUUUUGUUUAAGGAUAUCUGUUGUUACAUCUACUUAAAACCCCUUUGACCCCUAAGAGUGAGUAGCAUCUACUUUCUCCUUACAGUAUUGCCCCUGAAUCACACAUUAAGGUUAUGAGAAUAAAGGAAAUGAUCACCAACUAAAGAAGCUAGAUUGUGAAACAAAUUUUCCUCUUCAGAGCCAUAGGAAAUGUAUUCAUUUGAGAACAGUAUGGAGAAUAUGCAUACUGAUGUUAGAGUGUAAAGGGUUAUUAAUACAUCAAUAGGGAAAUAAUUGAAUAAAUGAUGAAAUGAUCUCAAAGCUGUAAAAUUUGCAUGUGAAAGAAAUAUGAUUCAUGUUUGAGGACUGUAUGGAGUCAAACAAGAAACCAAGAGUGAACUAUGAAGAAACUGGGUUCAAAACUUGAGUGAAGUGAAAAUUUUCAGAGUUUACCAUAAUCCCACCCUGUUUUUGUUAAAAACAUAUGAUUCUUCUUACAUUUACUUCCUAGUUGAUCUAUGCCAUUCCAUGUUUCCUGUGUAUUGCUUUAGUGAUUGAUUCAUCAUUACAAGGUAAAAAAUCUGAUUAUGGAAACUGAUGUCUUUGAUCAAUAUUUAUGUCAGCAGAUCCAGGUCUUGAAGCAAUAAAAAAGCCACUUUAUUAAGCAAGUGGAUCUUUUUUAAGGUCUCAGAUGUACGUUAUAACAUUUGUCAUUUUGAUGGCAGCUUAACAGUUUGAUCUCUAAGAGUGACUGACAUUUAAUUUCUCCCUACAAUAUCAGCCCAAAUUCAUAUAUUAUGGUUACAAGAAUAAAGUGAAUGAUCACCAAAAAGGCUCUUGAUUAAACAAAUUCUCCUUGUCAGCACCUUACAAAAUGUAUAGAGAACAGUGUAGAUGAAAUACAUACUGAUGGGAUCAAUAUCAGUAUCUGGGCAACUGCCCACCCACCCUUCCCCUAACUCAACAACAGUCAAUUGAUAACAAGUUAGGGUUAAUGUUGGGUUAGGGAGGGGUAGGUGGGCAGUUGCCCAGAUACUGAUAUUGGUCCUACUGAUGUUAGGGGUGUAUGUAGGGAGGUUAAUUAUAAAUAAACAAUGACUAAUUAUCUCCUAUGACUGAAUGUAUAAUCAUUUUUUCAUAUCUAUUCUGUUUUGGUUUGUCUAUACUUACAGACAACAAUGUUAUUUUAUCUCUUUAUUUUGAAGGUCAUUAUGUAUGGAGGUAUACAGCAGUCAUUCAUGUUGUUGUCUGUAAUCUGGGUAUUUUUUACUCGCUAAGUGUCCUAUUUGGGAAUGAGAUCAGCGUCAAAAAUCCUCUGGAAUAUGAAGAAGGGAGGUGAGAUAUAUCUUGUUCACAAAUGAAAAAUAAAGUGAAGAUCAAGUUUAAUUUAUAAAAUAAGGAUAACAAAUUUGAAAAUAAGUCAAAUAAACGGAGUUAGUGAUCAUUGUAACUGAGUGAAAAGAUUUAAAAUGUUCAAGCAGUUACAUUGUUUAUAAACUAUCUGAACAUAGAUAUGAGUUAGCCCUCUCACACCAAGGAGUGUCCAAGAUGCAAAUUCUCCCUACAGUUUAUGUAAUUAUUUAUGUAAAGGUGUGUGGGGGAGGGGCUGGUUUUUGGAUAGAACUCUGAAUUCUCAUUACUAUAUAGCCUUCAAAGCUUUAUACAGUAAUUUGUUUGUAAAAUUAGCUCAAUCAUAUCUUAAAAGAAAAAGGUUCAACAUUUGCAUCUCUCCUAAACUCAGUUUUUGUGUGAUGGGGGAUUUUUAAUGUGCUCAGGAAUGCCAUCAUUUAGGUGCCCAGUCUUAUGCCCUUAAUUGGCUGAAAGAAUACUCAAUAAAAUUUAAGGAAUCUGUGACUUCCAUGUUGUACUUGAAUAGUGUCUUUCUACCACAAAGGUUAUUGUUUUAUCCCAAUCAGGAACUCUGAUUUCCUCUCUGGGUAUGUUCCAUUGAAGGACUUACAGUAAUUAGAUGGUACAACCUGGGUGGGUAUCUCACACUUAACCCUUCAACUCCCAAGAUCUCAUUAGUAAUUCUCCUUAAACUGUGUGCCAUACAAUUCUGGUGAUGUUAGUUUGGAGAAUUAUGUAUUGGGUCAACUUAUAAUCUCCUGACUGAUAUUUUCUUUAUUCUCAUCACUUGUCUGCUUGAUAUUGUAUUGAUAUUGUAAGGAGAAAUUCUGUCUUGGUCACUCAUGGGAGUUAAAGGGUUAAUGCUCAAGGCAACUGUACUCUCUAAAACCUUGCCUUGUUCUUUUUGGCAGGGAAAUUGGAGGCCUUUUGAUAAUCAUAGCCUGGUUAGGGCUCUGUUGGCUAAGAAGACUCAGAGGGUAAUAAUAAUAUGGCUCUCUUUGAUUCCUUUUGAUGUUUUCCUUUGUUGCGAGCGGCUGUUCUGAUUUCUUUGGAUCUUAGUAAAUAACACUGUAUAUGUUUUGUUUAUACUUUGCAGUUUUAGUGAAGCAAAUGUCUUUUUUUGGUCAGCCACAAUAGCUGUCUCUCUGACUCCAUUUGUUCUCUUGGGUUACUAUGUAAACACAUGGGAUGUGUCUGCCAUACAAAGCCACUGUAAAGAUAUAAUUUCAAGGCAUCUGUACAAAGAAAUUUAAAUAUGUGUAUUUCAGGAAAUGAUGAAAAAUCCAAUUCAAUAUGUCAAUAGAUCAGACCCCAGUUGUUCGAAGGAUGGAUAACACUAUCCACUGGAUAAAUCUGUAUCAGGUAGAUAACGCUAUACAUUCUGCUAUUACUUAUUACCUGGAGAUUUAUCUUUUGGAUAGCAUUAUCCAUCUUUUAAACAACUGGACCCAACAGCAUAUCUGGUCUCCUUUACAGCCAAAGUUUGGACUCAUCACACAACGCACUUGUAAUGUGCAACAUAGUGUGAGAACAUGCUGUGUGACAAGACCAAAAAUUAGCCACGAAGGAGACCACAGUAUAUCAGGUAGAGAUAUAAAAUGAGGUCAGGAAAUUCUAAGUCCUUUUUCAGAAACAACAAAUUUAAAUAAAGAAAUGUAGCCAGAGGUUAGCAUUUAUAAGAACUAGAUGUAGCAGGAAUCAACAUCUGGUUCAUGUUGUUCGAAGGUUGGAUAACACUAUCUGAUUCACUGGAUAAAUCUCUAUGUGGUGGAUAGCGCAUUAUGUUUCACUAGCUGUCUUCCCCUGGAUAACAAUUUAUCUGUUGGAUAGUGUUAUCCAUCCUUGAACAACUGGGCUCUGGUCUUGAUCAUUGAUCAAGCUGAGAACAAAGAAAUAAAUAAUUAUACACAAAUGGUAUGUAUAACGAGAUAAAUAUAUAUAUAGACAUCCUUUAUUAACCUUUGGCCUUGUUU